UGAGCACUUCAAACAAAACCACAAAAGAUCAUCACUUUAAUCCGUGACAAAUUCCAGAUGGAGGAAUUCACACUCCAUUUGAGGCUGCUUUUUAAGUGAAGUAACAGCAAAUUCCAAGAAAUGGAAGGUGCUGCUAGUAAAAGAAGAACAGCAGAGUAUCACCAGGGUUAAUAGCGCCUGUUUGAGAUCCAUGAAUGAUCACAGAGCUACUUCUCCGUAUCGAACUUGCAAGCUUCCUCACUAAUAUGCUGCCUCCCUGGGCCGCAGGCUCAGUGCUGCUACGAAGGCUCUCUGUCCCGCACGCUGCCUAGGAGGGCCGCAGCAACGAUGGCGUCCAAGGUCUCCUGCUUGUACGUUCUGACAGUCGUUUGCUGGGCAAGCGCUCUCUGGUACUUGAGCAUAACUCGUCCUACUUCUUCCUACACUGGCCACAGACAGUUCAAUAGCAUAUCGAUAGCCAGAAAAAAUGUCUCCUUUGGCAAUAUAAGAACUCGACCUAUUAAUCCACAUUCAUUUGACUUUCUUAUCAAUGAACCCAAUAAAUGUGAGAAGAGCGUCCCUUUCUUGGUCAUUCUUAUCAGCACAACUCACAAAGAAUUUGAUGCAAGGCAAGCAAUUCGAGAAACGUGGGGAGAUGAGAACAACUUCAAAGGAAUUAAAAUUGCCACUCUGUUUCUCCUCGGAAAAAACGCAGAUCCUGUGCUAAAUCAAAUGGUAGAGCAAGAAAGCCAAAUUUUUCAUGAUAUUAUCGUGGAGGAUUUUAUUGACUCUUACCAUAAUCUCACUCUGAAAACUUUAAUGGGGAUGAGAUGGGUAGCAACAUUUUGUUCAAAAGCAAAAUAUGUUAUGAAGACAGACAGUGAUAUUUUUGUAAACAUGGAUAAUCUUAUUUACAAGCUGCUCAAACCCAAUACCAAGCCAAGGAGAAGGUACUUCACUGGUUAUGUUAUAAAUGGAGGACCAAUAAGAGAUGUUCGCAGUAAAUGGUACAUGCCCAGAGAUUUGUAUCCUGAUAGCAACUACCCACCUUUCUGUUCAGGCACUGGCUACAUUUUUUCAGCUGAUGUAGCAGAAUUAAUUUAUAAAACCUCCCUUCACACCAGACUUCUUCAUCUUGAAGACGUGUACGUAGGACUCUGCCUCCGGAAGCUUGGCAUUCACCCCUUCCAGAACAGUGGCUUCAAUCACUGGAAAAUGGCCUAUAGCUUGUGUAGAUACCGCAGAGUGAUUACAGUGCACCAGAUAACGCCAGAAGAAAUGCACAGAAUUUGGAAUGACAUGUCAAGCAAGAAACAUCUUAGAUGCUAAGAUUUUUACAGCUGUAAAUACCUUUUUUUGGUUUUGCUUUAAUUUGGUUAUUUUUUGACAGAAAGUCAUCUGCUGAUUUACAGGUUAAAUUGUGAGCUACUACCUGUGAGAAGUUUUUGAGUGACUGAUUUCUCAUUCUUUUUUUGACUACCGGUUUACAGAUUUCAGGCUUUUUUUCAUAAGAACAUUUACACUGGUCAAAAGGGUCUAAAGUCAAAGCUAAGACUUUGUACAAUAUCACACACAUCAGCUCCUGCAUCUGUAUGUACAAGGAUAGUAAUAAACUGUCCUGAGCUGCUUAACAUUUCUUCAUGUUGUACUCUUUGAGAUAAGACUUAGGCCCUAAGAAAUGAAGAAAUAAAACUAUCCCUUUUUGACAUCCUACAUUCAUACUCUUCUAGAGCUUUACUAAUAAUUUAUGUGAAAUAAAUUUGCCCUGAUCUCAUACAUCCAUCCUGGCAAGGAUAUUUUAGAAUACAACACGUUCAAAACAGCCUAUUGAUGGUUCAAUAGUAGAAUUUAGACAGGUAAGAACAUCAAACCAGAGGUUUCAUAAACAAGCCCACACUGAAGUAUGUUUAUGUGCCCAAACUGCCAAUUCUUCUGAAUUACUCUGGAAAAUAUUCCAUUUCUGUCCAUUGUUAGCCCAAAGUUGCCACUAAAACAGUCCAUACAGUUCUAAAAUGAAUAUAAACUGUGGGUAAAAUACAAGUCUCAUGAGAUGUGUGAAACAAACUAUCUUAAAUAUACACUAUAAAAGCACUGCUAUAUUUUAACUUUUAAUUUAAAAUUGCAACAUUUAUUGUAAGUAUUGGCAUAUAUAGAGGACCCCACAGUACUUUGAUAACGUUGUUAUGUUAUCAUAAUUAUGUUUUGGACACUCCUUUUUAGGAAGUUAAAAUUAAUGGGCACACCCAGCAAUAUAAAAUACUACCGAAUAGUAAAAAUAUCGAUUAAUAAACAGCAUAUUCCUUCCAUAUCAGUCAGCACACUAUUUACCUGAAAAAUACAACACACAGCAGUUUUUCCUUGGGGUAAGCUCUACUUUUUGCCACAGUGCAAUGUAAAUAAGAUUACUCCAGAUUUUUAAUGGCACAGAAGACCAGAAUUUUGUUCAGUAAUCAAUUUUCCAUUGACUGGGUAACAUACAGACUCUCUUAACACUUCAGCAUCACUUUCACAGCAAAGUAGAGCUUUUAAGAAUAACUUCCAGCCUUUGUUACAAGUUUGCAGCUCCCAGGUUGCUUAUCACGGAACAAAAAAGGUCACUGAGGUCCAACUCAAGAAAACAUCAGAACUCAAGAGAUCCCCAAAGUAUCCCCAAAGUGAUAAAAAUCCAAGUACACAAGAUUUUAUGCAAGUUUCAAAAUGUGCUUAUGUGUCUUGAGUAUGAAUGAAGUGUGAUGAAAACUUUUUCUGGAAAAUUUUUUGGUAAGUGCAAAACACCUCUGUUCAGCAUCAUUUCCUAGCGAAGAACUGAAACGUGACAGUGUUCUGCAGAUAAUUUGGGAUGAACAAUUCACUGACAAACUACAGCGAUACAAAAUUCACCAAACACUUUAGUAGCUGCAGAUCACUCACAACGUCCACAGCACACACAAAAUUCUCCUUCACUUCAGCUGGAGUUUAUGUGUAAAGUAUGAAAAGCUGGUAAGACUGUACAUCAUUCAGGAUGUCAAAAGAACUAUCAGAAUUUAAAAGAAAACUCUGAACUGAUUUUACUUUUUCUAUUUUUUUGAUACCAUACCAUUGGUGUACAUAGCACUUUACAACAGCAACAGAUGAAUCAAGAUGUUACCCCAAAAGGUUUGCAGUUUCCUGGCAACUUGUUAGCCUUAUUCACAAACGCAGCACCAGUGCUUUGAAAAGAACUACUUGUAAAUAAGGUAAAGAGUAUUUGGCAUUUAAGCCACAAACAGUAGAAGUCUUAGACUUAAAGACCUAUUUCAGAUCUGAAGGUGAAGCUACACAGGAGCUUGCCCAAGAGUUACUGCUAAUCAGCAGGAGUUUGUACAAAUAAUAAACAGAUAUUUUACACAGAAA